CUCACCACUACCGACAUCUGGCGAUCCCAGCUGAGUCAUAAGAAUGACGUUGAAAAGAGAACGUUCCUCGACUGGGUCGCCAUGGGGAACAAAUUUGCUUUCGUGGCGGAGGAGGUACGCUCAGUAUAUCUACUUAUCAUGAUUGCAGUCCAGAACCUCAGAGUUCCUUUGGGCGCGGUCGACGGCCAUUCUGCCCAAGACAUAGGCAACAUGCUACGAUGGCCGGACAACUCACGAGCGGGACGUACGGUAAAAGAUACAGUGAUCCCAACUGUAUCACUCCUACAGAAGCACUACCCGUCGAUGUUUGAAGACCUCUUCCCAAUGUCUAAGACAGGCGGUUCAAACAGUACCCUUGUCCUAGAGCGAAACGACACUUUUUUUGACACACUCAAAUUCAAUGCUUUCAAACUUGUUCCAAGGAUGCAUUCGGCUUGGGAGUCUUGCGAUCAAGGCGUUCUGAUCCAUUCACCCUCAGUCGCGACGGUGUCAGCGCCUACCCUGCAACCGGCGGAUGGACCUCGAGCAGCCCCACCCCCUUCUCCUCUAUCUCCUCUGUCUUCGCUAUCGUCUCUCUCUCCGUUAUCGUCACCGUGUCUGCCCUCGCGCCAUACUAGUUGCGCCCCCGAACCAAUUCCAUCUCUAGGCCAAGUCAUUCUCACAUCCUAUGACUCUCAAACCGUUACGAACAGACGGUAUCCAGCCCCUCGUGACAAGGAGGAGAACAUAGCAUGGACAGAGAACGCACGUUCAAUCGCUAGCAAAGCCAGUGCACCAGUAAGUCUUCAAGAGCUCGAGUUUCAGCUACAAACUGCGUACACAGCCGGGGAGAGAGCUAACCCGAAUGCUUACAUUCGCGUGCCGGUGAACAUGAUACCGGAUGUCCUAACCAUUCGAGGCCAGGAUCACUCGUUGGUUGCCGGCAUCUUCACGUCGAUGCCAGAUACCAUGAAACGAACCCUAAUCGAUCGUCUCCUUGCAAGCUUCAAUUCAGACCCCUUCAAGACAGUUGACGCAAAUUCGGCGACCGGUGAACGUACAUUCCAAGCAAUACAUUUCUCAUGGUAUAAUCGACACUGUACCCAGGGACAUGCUGCGCCUGCUGAUAUACCCCCGUCUCUGCUGAGCAGAGCAGGUUGCACACGUACCAACCAUGGUCAAUUCCUACCGUACAUGUCGAGGGACAUGGAAGACCACCAGGCGAUCUAUCAGUCCCUCAAAAGCGUCUUCGCAGACGUGUUUGGUUUCAUAGACGACCAGCUUCAAACGUUCUUGCCCCGGGAAUACGAAGUACUUGAAGCAACGGCCGCUAUUUUACCUGGUAAUAACGUCUCAGUGGUCAGCCCGUUCGUCGGACUUGUGGUCAACCUUAAUGUCGUCACUCGAGCCCAU